CCGCUCGGCUUCAGCCGCUCAUGCUAGCUGCUAACGGUUAACGCCACUAGCAUGUCGGGAGAAACGCCAAUAAGUUCGACCUGGCUUCCUGCUUGGCGGCUCUGCUCGCGCGUUAGUCGGCAGAAGCAGCUGUUUGGUGUUUAUCUGCCGUUUCUGUCCGCGUUAACAGCCUCUAAACGGGUUAUUUAGACCUAAAUGCCCCCCGGGGGCUGCCGUGAUGGCUGUUUACUACGGCAGUGGUGCCUUCGCCCUCCGCCUGGACGGCUCCUCUCCAGGGUGGAUUCUACGCGUCUCAUAACAUCCCAUAACGUCACGAUAAGCAGUGCGUGUGUAUUCGUCUGAACCGGGGAGAACUGAGGACAAUUAGAUCAUGACGACAGAGAGGAACAGCAAAGCCCUGAAGGUGAAGCAGGAGUGCGGUGAGAACGUUCCCUUCCUGUCAGACAGCGAGCUCAUGUCCCUGUCGGUGCGGGAGCUGAACCUCCACCUGCGGGGCCUCUCCCGCGAGGAGAUCCAGAAACUGAAGCAGCGCCGGCGGACCCUGAAGAACCGCGGCUACGCGGCCAGCUGCCGCGUCAAGCGCGUCUCCCAGCGGGAGGCCCUGGAGCAGCAGAAGAUGGAGCUGCAGAGGGAGGUGGAGCGGCUGGGCGCCGAGAACGCCGGCAUGAGGAAGGAGCUGGAGGGGCUGGGGGCGCGGCUGGCCGCCCUGCAGAGGUUCGCCCGGGGCCUGGAGGCCGGGGGGGGCAGCCUGCUGGCCACGGCGCCGCGCCUCAACACCGCCUCCGUCAUCACCAUCGUCAAGAGUCCGCAGCAGCCUCAGCAACAGAGAGAGCAGGAUCCGUCCUAGAGGAGCCCGCAGAACCAGAACCGGGGGGGUGGGAGGAGGGGGGGGGGUGCAUGAAUGUUCAGAACAAACAGAAAACUCACGUCUGCACAGACAGGAGAGCAGUAGGAAAAUACUAAACAUGCUGUCUGCACCUUUUUCACAUUAUGAUCCGCAGAAGUGAUUUACCUCAGUGCAGCAAGGCGUGUCCCGCCGAGCCGGGCCCCCCCCCGCAGCACCGGCAGGAGGAGAGCCCAGUCAGCCCCCCCCCCACCACCACCGGACCGACCCACAGUUACCGUACGUCUUUACUGCAGCGGGGCAGCUGCUAACGAGGCUAACGAGGCCUUCAGCCUCCAUCUGGGUGAAGCUUCUCCUCCAGCAGGUUCUGCUCCCACCCUCCGGCCGCCUCGCCCACAGCGAGGCCAAUGGAUGCGUUGAAACAACUUUAAUGUUAUUAAAUAACCCCGGCUCUCCUGCUGCUGUGAUCCAGGCGAACGCCCCCCCCCCCCCCGGUCUCACUAAUCACAUCAACUCUGUGCCUUCAGGUCGUGUCGGAGCUACAAGAAUCCAAACCUGAACAGAAAGAAGUAAAAGCAGAACUCGAUGGCUCCAUCAUUCCUGUUUUUUAACCGCAGCACUUUCAUUAUGAGGGCUGUGGACUUUCUAGGUUUUCUUGGCUACACCCCCCCCCCCCCACCCCCACAUCGCUCAUUUCACAAACAGUGACUUGGCUAACGUCUGCUGGAGCUUCGGUUGUUUUAAUCCUACAUAUAUAGAUGUAGAUCUAUGUGUCUAUAUGUCUGCAGGCUUCCAUCAAACACGUGGCUCACUCCGCCAGAUGAACCGAUGCAAACCCCCUCAGUACAUUCCAGUUUUGUGUUAUUUGUAACGUCCGUAUGUGCUGCAGAGACAGAAAAUGUUGAGAGAGACGUUUUUUCAGAGAUAUAUAUUCUAUAUUUUAUUUGUAUUUAAAGGUAGAUGUUAUGAGAAGACAAGCUAACGAGUGCUGUGAUGUUCUACGUGUGUUCAAAAGUACUUAUGACUAGUCUGAGAAGAUUCUCACGUCUAAUUAUUACUGUGUUGUGCGGAAACAAAGAUCACAAAAUGUUCACGUAGAGAUCCUCGUCGCCAGCGGCCAUAUUGGUGUGUGAUUAUGUCUGUGUAUAUUUCUACUGGCCUGUCGCUAGACACACAGGGGAGGGACAUUUAUUUUUCUACGACGAUCUGUUGUUUAAUUAGAGAGAAUUAGCAGCUGGAAGGGCGCCGGAGGAAGACUCAGAGGGAUGAAGAGGCAGGUUGGCGAGGAGACCCCAGGACGAUGGAGACAGGAAGUGGACGGGCUGGAGGAGGAGAGCUGGAGGGACGUUUGGGUCCCGGUCAGUCAGAGCAGAGCGGAUGUGAGUAGGAAUGAACAGACAGCGGCCAUGAAAGUGACUCCUGGAGACGCGAGGCGCAUAUUUAGCUAAAACACGAGAACCGUUGUGUCCGAGCAUUUAUUCCCCAUAUUUUAACGUUCUUCCGGUCGUGCUGGAUGUUUUGUAAUACCCCGCGAAACAAGAUGGUAUUUGUAUUUAUUACCUGUAUUUUUUCUAUUGUGAAAAUUUAAGUACAUUGUCUAUUUUAUAUAUUAAUAAUAAUAAAUGUUGUACAUAUUGUACAUAAAACAGC